AUGGAGUCUCGAGGAGAGAGAAAUGAGCGCUGCGUUGCACCGCUCAGGGUCAGCCGCAAAGGCGUUCAUGAAGAUCCAAGACAGCAGCAGCAGCAGCAGACGCAGCAGACGCAGCAGCAGCAGCAGCAAACACCACUGCCGCAGCUGGACCAGCAAACGCCGCCGCCGCAGCAGCAGCAGCAACAACAACAGCAGCAGCAGAAACCGCAUAAGGGGCAACAACAACGAACGCUGCAAGAGCAGCAGAAGCAACAGCAGCAGCAGCAGCAGCGAGAACAGCAGCAGAGGCAGCCAGCCGGGCAAAAACGUCAGGGCGAGCAAAAUCGGAAUAACCAGCAGCAGCAGCAGCAGCAGCAACAGGUUCAGCAGCAGAGGCAACAGCAGCAGCUGUAUCAACGCCAUAGGCGCCAGCCGCAGCAGCAGCAGCAGCAUCAGCAGCAACAAGAACCGCAGAAGCAGGGGCAGCAACACCUGCGGCAGCGACAGCCACAACUGCACCAGAAACAGCAAUGGCAGCAGCAGCAGCAACACAAGCAGCUGCAGCAGCAACACAAGCAGCAGCAGCAACACAAGCAGCAGCAGCAACAGCACGGCCCAGAGCAGCAGCAGCAAACGCAGCAGCUGCGGGAGCAGGAGCAGCAGGAAGAGGGACAGGAACAGCAGGAAGAGGAGCAGCAGCAGCAGCAGCAGCAGCAGCAGCAACAGCAACAACAGCAGCAGCAGCAGCUUACCUUUGACGAUGAGUUUCCUUCUCUCUCUGUUGCUGCGACCCUUCGAGGGGCCCCACACUUCCAGCCAAAGAGCAGCAACAGCAGCAGCAGCAGCAGCAGCGCUGACGUUCUUGUGAGUGAAACAGCUGCCUGCCCUAGUAGCAGCAGCAGCAGCAGCAACAGCAAGUACCGAGGCCGCCCGACUGUUGCUGUGGCGUUGGCCCUGUGCGUCAAGCAGCAGCAGCAGCAGCAGGAGCAGCAGCAGCGGAAGAAACAGAGUCCGCAGCAGCAGCGGCAGCAGCAGCAGCAGCAGCAGCAGCAGCAGCAGCGGCAUCGCUGCGUUGCUGCGACUGUGCCAGAGGUGAGUGCUGCUGCUGCUGCUGCUGCAGGUAUGUCUCUAAAGGGUUUGCGGUUUAAAGGUAAAUCACUUGUUAAAAAGAGAGAGGGAAGAAGCAUGCGGAAGCUGCUGCAGCAAGAAAGAGAACAGAGAGAAAUCCUGCUGCAGCAGAUGCAACAGCAGCAGCUGCUGCAUCAACACCUACAGCCGCAGCAGCAGCAGCAGCAGCAGCAGGAACAGCAGCAAAAUGCAACAAGCCAACCCCAAAGAGACGAAGAGGGUUGCAACGGCGAGACAGAAGUUUCUGCAGCAGCAACAGCAGCAGCAACAGCAGCAGCAGCAACAGCAGCAGCAGCAACAGCAGCAGCAGCAACAGCAGCAGCAGCAGCAAGCAGCACUCCCGACUUGAAUGGAGUUGCUGCUGGCGGUCCCUCGACGGAAGCUGUUUCUGCUGCAGGAGCAGCAACGGCAGCAGAAGCAACGACAACAGCAGACAAAGCAACAGCAGCAGCAGCAGAAGAUGAAACAACAGCAGCAGAUGAUGCUGCUGCUGCAGGACUAAACAGCAGCAGCAGCAACGCUAUUAGGGAGCGCCUUCUCGACAAUAUGGAGCCCCUACGCUGGGCGUUGGCUGUUCGAGCAAAGCAGCUGCAUGUACACCCCGAACUAGGCAAGAUGACGUCACCUGAGAUCGAUGCUGCAGCAUCAACGCUGCUAAAGACACUGCGGGGCUUUCAUAUACAGCGGAGGCAGCAGCAGAGGCUGCAGCAGCAGCAAGACAAAAUCAUUGCUAGAGAAGCUGCUGCAGCAGCGCUCCUGCAGCAGCAGCAAGCCAGGCAGCAGCAGCUGCAGCACGACUCUCCUCCUCCCGCUCGCCAGCGGAAGAAACAGCAGCAGAGUAGCGUUGAGCCUGUCUGCAGCAGCAGCAGUAGCAGAACCAGCAGCAGCAGCGGCAGCAGCAGCGAAGAUGAGCUUCUUGAUGUUCAGCAGCAGCAACAGCAUCAGCAGCAACAGCAGCAGCAGCAGCUCUUAUUUUUUGUGAGUUUAGGAGGAGUGACAGAGCAGUUGCAUGCGGUACUGGCAGCAGCAGCAGCAGCAAAAGUUCCGGUGGGCGUCGUCACCACCCGGGGAGUCCUCAAAAAGGGGGUAGGCCUGGCGACCAGACAGAGUUGCGUCUGUAUUACAGAUGCUCAGGGGGCUGAGGUGCUGCUGCAGCAGCUGCUGCAGCUCAUCAAGCAGCAGCAGCAACAGCAGCAACAGCAACAGCAGCAGCAGGAUCAGCAGAAACAAGAGCAUCAGCAGCAGGAAGAAAAAGAGGUGCUUAUUCAAGCACCUGCUGUUAGCUUAUCCGAAGGGGUCGCCAGCAGCAACAGCAGCAACAGCAGCAACAGCAACACUGACAGCAGCAACAGCAGCAGCAGCAGCAGCAGUUCUUUGCAGCCUUCGGCCUUGGGGAUGUGA